GCGCCCUCAGUGCGCAGACUUGCUGGCAGCGCGCGGGCGCGCGCGCGCCUCUCCCCCCACCAGCGCAGCAUCCCGUCAGUCGAGACUCGGAGACGCCGGCGGAGGGACGCGCGACACCGAGCUCGUCUUCACGCUACGGCGCUGAUACACACCGCUUUGGGAAGAUGCUGAGCGCAGUCGUGCUGUGGGUCUGCGCGCUCGCCUGCAGCCGCGCGCCGCGGGUCGCGUGCGCCUCGGACGGCGGCAAUUUCCUGGACGACAAAUGGCUGUCCGCGCGCUGGGACAAGUUCCGAGACGAAGUGGAGGAACCUGGGACUUGGAAUCCUGGAAAACCUUUUGAUCAAGCUCUGGACCCCUCCAAAGACCCGUGCCAGAAGGUGAAGUGCAGUCGCCACAAAGUGUGUGUGGCCCAGGACUACCAAACAGCAAGCUGCAUAAGUCAAAGGCGCAUGAGUUUUAAGGACAUGGGUCUUCCUCAGAACCCCAUGUUUUCAAAGUGCACGCAGUGUCCGGUUGUGCACCCAGCCCCUGUCUGCGGAACUGACGGACAUAGCUAUUCCACUAAGUGCAAGUUGGAUUAUCAGGCCUGCAUUUCAGGCAAACAGAUCUCGGUGAAGUGUUCCGGACAGUGUCCCUGCGCUCCAGGCAAGUCGUGGGCCAGGGCGGAGAAGAGAGUCUGCAGCGAUGCGGAGCUCAAGGAGGUGGUCAGCAGACUUAGAGACUGGUUCAAAGUCCUGCAUGAAAACGGGGGCCAGAAUAAAAAGCCCAAGAUCCAGAGACCAGAGAGAAGCAGGUUCGAUACAAGCAUUUUGCCAAUUUGUAAGGACUCCCUGGGUUGGAUGUUCAGCAGAUUAGACACAAACUACGACCUGCUGCUGGACCAGUCGGAGCUCAGCAGCCUCUAUCUGGAUAAGAACGAGCACUGCAUCAAGUCCUUUUUCACAUCCUGCGAUACGUACAGUGAUGGCCUCAUCUCCAACAACGAGUGGUGCUCCUGCUUUCAGAGGCAUCAAGACCCCCCAUGCCAAUCUGAACUCUCCACUAUUAACAGACAGCAACAUGGGAAGAAACUGCUGGGGGUGUAUAUUCCUUCAUGUGAUGAAGAUGGGUAUUUUAAGCCCCACCAGUGCCACGGGAGCAGCGGUCAGUGCUGGUGUGUCGAUAGGUAUGGUAAUGAAGUGGCGGGAACAAGAACGCAUGGAGUCCCCGACUGCGGCAUUGAACUGGAGUCUUCUGGGGACUUCGGAAGCGGGGACUUACGUAACCUCUCGGACGACGAAGACGACAAAGGUCACGUUCCGAAUGACGAAGACGACAUGGUCGACGACGACGAGGACGAGGACGAUGACGAAGUAGAUGAUGACGGAUAUGUUUCAUAGUUGUGAAAAAAAUCGACAAAAAAUUUUUAUUUUUGGUCAAAUUGCACGUUUUUAGGUGAUGUCCCCAACCUGUUCCUUACCUGACUUAUAGAAGGGUUUUAUCAGAAUGUGUACACUUUGUACAAAUUCAUACAAAAUAAUCAUGGCAGAUAGAUUUUUUGCUGUUGCUUGCUUUCUUUGAAAGCAAGAAUCUUAUGCCUACUUGUCCUUUCGUGGCACGUUUAUCAGUCUGGAGGUAAAUUUCAAACUGUGACGGCUGGACUAGAAUCCACAGAUUUCUUUUUCUUUGUUUUGAUGAUGCCCAGCUGCCAAGCAGAGAGUGGUUAGUAUUGAUACACGACUGGAGACGGCAGAUGUUGCUGUUUUCCUUUUUUUUUCUUUUUUUUUUUUAAUAAUCGUGGCUGUGUCGCUCAUUCACAGGUGGAUAAAUAUGAAGACUGCACUUUUUGCUUGUUUGCAUACUGCUACAUUUCCGGCGAGACCGCGUGCAUGACUGCAAUGUAAAUAUACAAUAUGAAGCAAGUACACAUGCACUAAAAUAAUAAUCAAUAUUUUAUGUCAAACUUUGUCUCACAGUUUAGCCAUCAGAAUGAAAAGUAAUUCCUUCCCUGCAACAAAACAAAGGCUGCCAACAUGCCAAGAAUAUUUUUAAAAUGGUUACAUUCAUGAUAUAUUAAAAAUAAGUGAAUUGUGAAAGAAGUACAGAAUAAUCCAGAAUGAUCUAUUUUUCUAUUAUAUUGUUUCAAAAGAAAUCUGCUGAAAAGACCUCAUACCACUACUCUUUUGACUCGCCAUUGAAAUUAAUAUUUUUACAGUAUCAGUAAAAGUAUAUUGAAAUGUGACUUCAUCAUAGUAACUUUGAUUAUGUUUUUUCAGCAGGAAGAUGAAAUUCACUUCAAAGUGUUGAAUGUCAAAGUGAAAGAGAAUGGGGGGUGGUAUCAUUUGCCCACCACUAUUUCUGUAUGCUAGGUUCAUCGAGUUAUUGUAUGCUGUCCAGUCAGUAGUUAUAAUACUUAAUGAACUCAAACUCUUGCAAUUCUGUCUGUCUGUUUGCUUCUACUGGGCUCAGAGCUGUUUUUAUCCUAGCUAAUCAAGGUUAACAUGUGUUUCCUCUUUACAUGCCAUUUUGCUAUAAAUGUGCACCAAUAUAGCACAUAUUGCUGUCCAGUAUUGUUGUUUAUGGCUUUUCUUUGAAUAGUUUUAAGCGUCAUACACCAGUAAUUGUAGCCAAGUCAGUAAAUAAACAGCAAUGACAGGGACGAUUUGUCCGAUUCAGUUGUUUCGGCAGCAAAAUUGUUAAGAUGAGAGCAGAACAUUGAGAAGGCCGUGUAAUUUUUUUUUUUUUUGUUUGUUUUAUAAAUUACAGCAUUUCUGUUUUAUAUGCGCCUUUGAAAAAUGUAAAACAAAUGCAAAGAAAAUGGUGAUGCUGUCACGCAUAUCUUAUUAAAUGCAAGGUCUAAUCCUUUUUAUAGCUGUAUUAAAUUUCCCACCUCACUGUAUUUAAAUGAAUAUGAUUAUUGUCAAUUGCUUUAGAUGCAUUGUAUUUGGAGCAAUCACUCAGCUGGAACACGUGUGAUAACACAGCAACUAGAGCAAAAGCAGAUAAACCUGAGGGCUGUUCCCCGCACCCUAGCGUCGGGAAAAGGACGAGUUGAGACUUGCAGACAGAGCGGGUGAACAGGUUCAUAUAAAGCUGGCGGUUUUCAUAGGUAGUGGCAUCGUAGGCCUCAAGUGCAGUCAAGCCAUAUGUUGCUGUUAAGCAGGAACAAUGACAUUUAGUGUGUUGGCCAGGCGCAACUGUCCUCGUAUCCUGUCAUACCUGUGCUGUUUCCUUUUCUCACUGAAUUACAGUUUUGUACUUUAAAAAGAAUAAAAUGUGUUCGUGGCAUAGGAGACGUACCAAGGUCUGCCAGAUUUACCGAUCUUCGUUUAAAAUAUGUAAUGAAUUUCGAUUCACAUUGAAGUAAAUUGUAUGAAAGGAAAAAUCAGCUUAAGAAAGUAAUACUUAAGGAUAAAUGUUUUUGAAUUAGGUUGUGCAAACAGCAACGUUGGCUUUCUUAAAAUGCUUUUAUUCCGCAGCACGCGUCAUGAUAAAAAUGAUCAGGAAAAAAAAAACCAAUACUGCUCUACUAAAUUUAAAUAUACAUGACUUUAUUUGCAUACGUUUUGAAAUACUGUAUAUCAGACCUACUUAUACACUCGUUUUGUACGUUUGUAGACUAACAAUAUGAGUUUACCUCCUGUUUGUUCAUUCUUAGAGGCUAUAAUGUGCCUUUCGAUUAUUGUGAUAGAUAAAGAUAUAGAAGGUUAAGCAUGCAUAAAAGGCUAGAAUUUAGCGAAAAAAUAUAGAGAUUAGAGAAGCACACAGUCCUUUGUUAAAGGGAUUGAGAUAUUUACUGCUGCUGGAUAAAGACGUUUCCUUCUGUUUAUAAAAGUUUAUAAAGUAUGUCAAACAUUAAUUAGGUAGCAUAAUGAUGGCUAUGCUUCCAUGCAGUACUUUCAUUUUCUUGUUUUUUUAUUGUAACAAAACAUACUAUAGAACAAAGUGAAUAAAACAACUGCAAUGACAUGAGAUUCUAACUUCUCUGUUAAUUCUGUAUCCGUACAAAAAACAAUAGAAAACCUUAAUCUAAUGUUAAUUUGAGUAUAAAUGUUGUUUUAGAGAUAAAAUGCAUUUUUACAGUGUAUGUAUGAUUUGCCGAAAUAAAAAUUCUAUUGGCCAAA